AUGAGUGCUAUCUAUAAGCUUUCUAUACAGGGUAUACGGUCCUUCGAUUCCAAUGACCGGGAGACCAUCGAGUUCGGGAAGCCCUUGACGCUGAUCGUUGGUAUGAACGGAUCUGGUAAGACGACUAUUAUAGAGUGUCUCAAGUAUGCGACAACGGGUGAUCUGCCCCCAAAUAGUAAAGGUGGUGUUUUUGUGCAUGAUCCCAAGAUUACGGGUGAGAAAGAUGUCAGAGCCCAGGUGAAACUGGCGUUUACCAGCACAAACGGGCUAAGCAUGAUUGUUACAAGGAAUAUUCAAUUGCUGGCGAAGAAGACGACGACCACAUUUAAGACUUUAGAAGGUCAAUUGGUUGCCAUAAAUAAAAGUGGUGAAAGAACAACUUUAAGUACCAGAUCUGUGGAUUUAGAUUCCCACGUACCUUUAUACCUCGGCGUUCCAAAGGCAAUUCUGGAAUACGUAAUAUUUUGUCACCAAGAGGAUAGUCUAUGGCCACUGAGUGAACCUUCAAACCUAAAGAAGAAGUUCGAUGAAAUUUUCCAAGCAAUGAAAUUUACAAAGGCAAUCGACAACUUGAAAGCAAUCAAAAAAGAGAUGGCUGUUAAUAUUAAGCUGUUAACACAAUCUGUUGAACACCUUAGAAUUGACAGGGACAGGUCUAGGGCUACAAAAAUGAAGGUAAAGCAGUUGAAUGAAAAAAUAAAUGACUAUCAAUCUCAAGUAGAUGACGUUGAACAAGAACUGGAAUCAAUUAACGGUAGCCUUGACUCUUUAUUUAAAUCAAACCAAAAUUUCCAAAGCGUUUUAUCAAGAAUUGAAACAUUAAAUGCUUCAAUAUCUGCUGCUUCAACUCAGAUUGAAAGGCUCUCGAAUUCAAUAGAAAAAUUGGAUAUGCCAAAGGUAGACCUAGAAAACCUGCUCAAGAACUUCUCUGAAUCAAUUGAACAAAAGGAACUGGAUGUUAAAAGGCUAGAAUCAAAAAUUGCUUCAGACCGUCAAAAAUUGGAGAACUGCCAGAAACAAUCAAAUAGACUUAUGCUACAGCAGGGUGAACUGACUGCCAAAAAGCUACAGAAUGAAAACACAUUGAAAUCUUUUCAAGAUACUAUAAGACAGAUUAAAGAUGAACAUAAGCUAGAUUUGAAUGCAGAAGAACCACCACAGCGAAAUGUAGAUCAUAUUUUAAAAAAGAAAGCUGAUAUGGAAUCUUCUGUAAAUGAAGCCAUAUCCAAAUUAGAAGAAACAAAAAUGAACCUUAAAGAAAAGUCUGACAGUAUAAGGAAUUCUAUUAAUCUUGAAGAACAAAAACUGUCUUACUAUGAAAGCGAUAUAAAGCAACUUGCCACCAAAUUAGAUCAAAAGCAAAAGCAAAUAAGUUCAAUACCGGCAGACAUCGAAGAACAAUUGAAGGCCAAAAAGGCAGUAUGGUCCAAAUUAAGUAAGGAACUACAAGAGUUUGAAAAAGAAAAUAACAUUACUGACAUAAACAAUCAGAUAAAAUCAAAUAAUGAGGAGCUUUCAAAAUCUGAACUGCUGGCGCAACAGAUCGAAACAGACUUACAGAAUUACUCUAAAAAGAGUGAAUUAUCAACAAAACUAUCUGUUCUAAUUGAAAAUAUGGAUGAAAAACAAAAUGAAAUAAACAAAAUAACUACUGCUUUACUAAAUGAUACCAUGAUCAAAGAAUGGGGUCUUGACGAUGUCAAGCAAUUGUCCUUCGAAUUUAAGACACACUAUAUUGCUCUUCAGAAAAAUAUUGCAACCAAUUUAAAAGCAUUUAAUGAAAUCAGUAAGAGCCAAACCGAAUUGGAGUAUGAACUGAAUACUUGUAAAGGAAAAGUCAAUAAUCUUCAACAUAAAAAAGAAAAAUUGAUUUUAAACAUUAAUAGCGUUCUACCAGAAGACUGUUCAAUCGAAGAUUAUGAUGAUGUUCUCCUGGAAACGGAGGUCUCCUAUAAGACUGCAUUGGAAAAUUUAAAGAUGCAUCAAACAACACUAGAGUUUAAUCGUAAAGCUCUCGAGGUUGCAAUCAACAAUGACUGUUGUUAUUUGUGCUCGAGAAGCUUUGAGAACACUGAAUUCAGAAGCAAAAUACUUAAAGAACUGAAAGAAAAAACUGAUACCAAGUUUGAGGAGUCACUGAAAACAACGCUUGAAGAUGAAAAGGAAUACUUAAACAACCUGAGAUUGGCUGAGAAAGACAUUUAUAAUCUAAAUUCAAUUAGUUCUGAGUCGAAAGCACUGCAAGAUAGAAUUAGCCAACUAUCAAAAGAAUUAGAUAAUAAGAAAUCUGAAGUCGCCGAAGCAAAUACAACCAUCGAGAAGCUAAAGGAAAAACGAGAUCAUUGUGAUAAUUAUAUUAAACCAAAAAUGGACAAAAUAGACUAUCUACAGAAAGAAAUUUACAACCACGAAGAAGAGAAGAACUCGUUGAAUGAUGUGAUUCGUAGUUCUGCCGAAAAUGGGGACAGUGUGACAAUGGAACAGUUACAAGAUAACCAAAAAUCCACACGAGAGCUUAUAUGGAAAAUUAGAAGUGAAAUCGAAUCGUUGCAAGAACAAAGAGAAAACAUUUCUUCAAAAAACAACACAUUGAUAAAUCAAAUACGACAAGCAAACGAUGAUGUUGCUGAAAUUGAAAAGCAAUUCGACAUGAAGGUGACUAUUCAAGAACAAAUAGCAAACGAUAAAAAACAUAUUGAAGAACUGACUAAUAGUAAGGAGAGCAUUAAAUUACAUAUCAAUGAUCUAUCCAAAAGUGUUGAAAUGUUAAACAAAGAGAAUUCAGAAAAGAUAUCUACUCUUGAUAAAGAUGCAAAGAGAAAAAAGGGGGAGUUCCAAUCCUUUAACGAACUGGUCUUACAGGUUAAUCAGCUACAUCAUCAAUUAAUGCAAUAUAACACUUCUGAUGAACAGCAUUUGCAAGAAUGUGAGAGAUCAAUAAAAGAAUUGGAGAAGGAAAUGAAUAUUCUGAAAAAUGGCCUAGAGGCUGACAAUCAUGUAUUAAAUGAACAAUCUCAGAAGUUAUAUGACUCUACAGGAGAAAAGCGAAACUUGCUGCAGAAUAUUGAAUUAAUUGAUCUCAAAGAACAAUUACUAUCAAUGAAUAAUGAAUUGAGCAGCUUGAACGCUCAAAACGCAGAAGCAGAAAGAGACAAGUAUCAACAAGAAUCUGCCCGCUUAAGGACCCAAUAUGAGAGAUUAAGUGCUCAGAAUGCUGGUAAAUUAGGUGAAAUAAGGCAAAUACAAAACCAGAUUGACUCUCUUACACAGCAAUUGAGAAGUGAUUAUAAAGAUAUUGAUGAUAAAUAUCAAAAAGAAUGGGUAGAACUCCAAACGAGAUCGUUUGCCAAUGAUGAUAUCGAUACCUAUUCCAAAGCAUUGGAUAGUGCUAUUAUGAAAUACCAUAGUUUGAAAAUGGAGGAUAUAAAUAGAAUUAUAGACGAGCUAUGGAAGCGAACCUAUACUGGGACGGAUAUAGAUACAAUAAAAAUUUGCUCAGAUGAAGUUGGCUCGACGACAAAAGGGAAAUCCUAUAAUUAUAGAGUCGUUAUGUAUAAACAAGAUGCCGAAUUGGAUAUGAGAGGAAGGUGUUCUGCAGGUCAAAAAGUUUUAGCGUCUAUUAUUAUCCGGUUGGCUUUAUCAGAGACUUUUGGUAUCAAUUGUGGAGUCAUAGCUCUAGAUGAACCCACAACAAAUCUUGACGAGGAAAAUAUUGAAAGUUUAGCAAAAUCAUUACACAAUAUCAUCGAAUUUAGAAAGCAUCAAAAGAACUUCCAGUUGAUUGUCAUUACCCAUGAUGAAAAGUUUUUGAACCAUAUGAAUGCUGCUAGCUUUACUGACCAUUUUUUCAGGGUAAAAAGAGACGACAGACUGAAGUCAUUAAUAGAGUGGGUUGAUAUCAAUAAAGUAACUGAAUAG